AAAAUUAAGAGAAUAAAAAAUUAAAAACAAAGUCACAUUUUUGGCGGCGAUGGCUCGGCACUGGCUCGGCCUCAUCGCCGCCGUGUGGCUCCAGUCAAUCAACGGCACGAAUUCGAAUUUUCCGGCGUACUCGUCGGAGCUGAAGCGGAUCCUCUCCAUCUCGCAGCUCCAGCUCAACAACCUCGCCUUCGCCUCCGACGCCGGCAAGCUCCUCGGCUGGAUAUCCGGCGUCGCCGCGGCGCGCCUCCCUCUCUGGCUCGUCCUCCUCAUCGGCUCGGCUCUCGGCGCCGCCGGCUACGGCGUGCAGUUCCUCUUCCUCGCCGGCAAAAUCGAGUCCCUCUCCUACUGGCACGUCUUCCUCCUCACCGUCGUCGCCGGCAACAGCAUCUGCUGGAUCAACACCGUCUCCUACAUCCUCGCCAUCCGCAAUUUCCCGCUCGAUCGCCAGAUCGCCGUCGGGAUCUCCUCCAGCUACGUCGGAUUGAGCGCGAAGAUCUACACCGCCGCCGUCGCCGUCGCCUCGGAUCGAGCGAAGGAUUUCCUCCUCCUGAAUGCAAUUUUUCCGUUAAUCGCGUGCCUCGCGGCGGCGCCGCUCACGAGAGAGGCCGACGCCGGAAAAUCGAGGAGGCUGGUGGCCGGAUUCGUGGCGAUGUUGGUGAUCACGGUGGUUACAGGAGGAUUCGCGGUGGCUACGAGCUUGAUUCCCAGGGCGAUUCCGCCUGCGGCGGUCCUCGGCGGGAUCGCGGCGCUGCUGGUGCUGCCGCUGGCGACGCCGGCGGCGGAGGAGAUCGCGGAGGCGGUGCAGCACAAGUGUUUGAUUGAGGUGGCGCAGGAUGAGGAGAGAUUGGCCGAUAAGGAUGGGGAAAUUUGGGGAAUUGAGAUUGAGAUUCCGCCAUUGAAGAUGGUGAAAAGAGGGGAAUUCUGGGUGUACUAUUUGGUGUAUUUGUGUGGGGCGACGCUGGGAUUGGUGUACUUGAACAAUCUAGGGCAGAUUGCGGAAUCCAGGGGCUGUUUGGGGAUUUCCUCUCUGGUUUCGUUAUCUUCUGCGUUUAGCUUCUUCGGCCGCUUCUUCCCUUCUCUCCUCGACUACUUCUUCUCCAAAUCGACCAAGAAAAUAUCAACAGCGAGCGCGAUGGGGGCGAUGACGGCGCCUAUGUGCGGGGCCUUUUUUCUUCUAGUGAUAAGCAAACAGGACUUUGCAUUAUACACGAGCACGGCGGUUGUAGGAAUCUGCAGUGGUGCAAUAACCUCAAUAUCCAUAUCAGCAACUAGGGAGCUGUUUGGGACGGUCAAUUUUGGAGUUAAUCACAAUAUUUUGGUGUCGAAUAUACCCAUUGGUUCAUUUCUGUUUGGGGAUUUUGCAGCAUUGCUCUACAAGAAAGGGAGAAUUGAUGGGCAAGAGAAUUGUGUAGGAGGGAGAUGCUACCAAACAACCUUUUUGAUUUGGGGUGGUUUGUGUGUUUUGGGGAGUUUGCUAGCCUUGGUGCUCCAUGUCAAAACCAAGAAAUUACGUGCCCGUAGAUAAGAUCCAUAGUCUAUUCUUCGAGACUCUUUUAGUUUUCAAAUACGUAAUUUUCGGUUAAAAUAGUUUUACUAGAA